UCGGCGCCCGGGCUGUGACAGGCGUCGCCGGGAGGACUCUAUGGUGCCGGGCGGGGGGUCGCCGCCGCCUCCGCCUCCGCCGCUUCCCGCUGGGCCCGUGAGGGAUGGUCGCAGCGGCCGCCGGCCGGGGGGUUCUGGUGGGUGCCGCCGCCGCCGCGCCAUGGGGCCUCGCCGCCUGGCUCUCGGAGGGUCCCCCCUCUUCCUUGUCGCCGUCCUCCUCUUCUUCUUCCUGGCGGCGGCGGUGAGGCCGGGCUGGGCCCUGCAGGAUGUCACCGCCCAGCUGUUCGGGGACCAGGCCUUCGGGACGGUGGCCGCCUUCGGGGACUUCAACUCCGACAAGCAGACGGACCUCUUCGUGCUGAGGGGAGGCAGUACAUUAAUUAUCUUCUUGGCAGACCAAAAAGAACCCUACUUUAAACCCAAAGUCAGUCUCCAAUUGAAGAGUGUGAUAACCAGUGUGGUUCCUGGUGAUUAUAAUGGCGAUUCACAAAUGGAUGUCCUCCUGACAGCUCACCCACAGAAUCAAACCAAUGCUGACCUGUCAGUGCAUAUUUUCUGGGGAGAUAAUCAAAGCCUAAAUAUCAAUAAUAACUUUACAUUGAAGAAGACUUUUCGAGAUGAGCCACUAAUCAUGGAUUUCAAUGGUGAUUUAAUUCCUGAUGUUUUUGGAGUACCGGCCGAAUCUACAGUUCCAUACGUAUUAAUUGGCAGGGACUUAACAUGGCACCCAGUACCGGACAUGCAAGGCAAAAUGUAUGAACCUCACUCUCAUGCGUUCAUAGAUUUGAAUCAUGAUUUCACUGCAGAUUUGUUUCUUACGACAGUAUCGUCGAACGAAAUUCAGUUCGAAACAUGGGUAAAUCGGGAGGGAAAUUUUUCCAGAGUUCCACACACUGACUACAAACCCCCAGAUGUGAAGACUGUUGGACAAUCAGUGUUUGCAGAUUUUGAUGGUGAUGGACAGACCGAGCACUUACUGCCAGCCUGUUAUGACGACGCCUGCCAAAGGAGCGUCAUCUACCUGUAUGAGGCACAAUUGGGCAAAUGGUUUCCAGUGUAGCAGGACUUCACAAACAGAGGCACUUUAUGGGGCUUUGUUCUAUAUAGUCAAGCAUCGGCUGCUUUUUCAGUUCCUAUCACCCUUCACAUUGGAGAUUAUAACAUGGAUGGCUAUCCAGAUGCACUUGCCAUAUUGAGAAACACAUCUGGAAGCAACCAGCAAGCUUUCUUACUAGAGAACGUCCCAUGCAAUAACGCGAGCUGCAAGAGCGUGCACCGUAUGUUUAAGGUCCACUGGGAUCUCUCAGAUCUGAAUCAAAUCGCAGGCGCCGUGGUGGCCACCUUCUUUGACAUUUAUGAAGAUGGCAUCUUGGAUAUAAUUGUUCUCAGCAACAGCUCUAAGACAGAACUUGCCAUCCACGCAUUAAAAAAUAAUUUUGAAGCAGAUGCCUAUUUUGUUAAAGUCAUUGUUCUCAGUGGUCUCUGUUCCAAUGAUUGUCCUCGCAAGAUAACGCCCUUUGGUGUGAAUCAGCCCGGACCUUAUAUUAUGUACACAACAGUGGAUGCAAAUGGAUACUUGAAAAAUGGUUCAGCUGGACAACUGAGUCAGUCAGCACACUUUGCUCUCCAGCUCCCGUACAACGUUUUGGGCUUGGGACGUAGCGCCAAUUUCCUCGAUCACCUGUAUGUUGGUAUUCCUUGUCCUCCGGGUGCAAAGGUAUGUGAAAGUCCCUGGAGCGCCAAACUGUACCUGACUCCAAGUAAUAUUGUGUUGCUCACAGCCAUUGCCCUGAUUGGAGUUUGUGUCUUCAUCCUGGCGAUAAUUGGCAUAUUGCACUGGCAGGAGAAGAAAGCAGAUGACCGGGAGAAAAGACAAGAGGCCCACCGGUUCCACUUCGAUGCUAUGUGAGAUGACUUAAUAGCUUGAUGGAGAAAUUGCUGCUGGAUCUGAAAUACUACAUUCUAGCCUACGAUGACAGGAGGGAGGGGACAGUAUUUGUUACUGUACUAUUUGUAAAUGUUGCAUUGUUUUUAAUUUAUUUGGGAAGUGUUAAAAAUCAAACCUGUCUCACAUGGCCUUCUGGUGAUUUGGUUGUAUAUAUGGUCAGUUGUUUACUCAAACUGUAAAUUCCUUUUCAGUCAUGGAUUCUGUCGUACACAUUCCGCCGUUUACACACCUUCAUUUUCUUCUGUACGUUCCACGAAAGGGAAGUUGCGUGUCAAUUAAAAGUUUCAGCAAGCAAAAUUCAUUUUAGUGCCGCUUGAACUGGUCCUUCUGCUUACGCAAUGCUAAAAUGUGAAUUGCGUUUUCGUAAUUGACUUUCCAGCAGAUUGGCAGAUGAAGCAAGACACCUAUUAUUGUUCCGACUGUACUCUUGGGGUGUCUGAUUUGAAGCACUCUUGACGGCUUUAUCUUUCUAUUAAUCUUUGGAACCAAUCAAGUGAGAGGAAAAGCUUUAAAUUGGAAGAUACAAACAUCCUACAGUAGCUAACAAAAAAAACCCCUCAUCACUAUUGCUAUGAUUAAUAGAUUAAUAUUUGAUAUGGAAGUAUGUAAUUCAAUUUAUAUUUCAAAUUAUGCCUUCCUACAAUGGAAGAAUGUUGCAUGACUCUUUUUUUAUUGGCGUUUAUCAUGCUGUUAUAGUAGAACUUAAUCAUGAAAACAUUUGACCACCAAGAUUAAGUUAAGUUCUUGGGGAACAGGACCGAAUCCUCUAAGAACAGGUGCAUAUUGUAUGAUCUUCCAAGUUCGCAUUAUUAAGGACCGGACUAUACUAUUUUAAAUUUAAUGUAAUUUUAUCUGAGGCUACGAUGCAGUACCAGGCUAAAUGAUUUAAGCCUCAGGGCUGUGAGCAAAGAAAACCCCAGCUAUGUUCAAGAUGUUCACUGUUUUCCAGAUACCAUUUAAGCUAGGGCUCUUCUAUUAAAUGAAUUAUGUUGGAAAUACUUGAUGUAAUGUGGACGUCCUUUAUUCUCAGAUCCGCUAAUUCAUGGUUUAU